AUGGAGCGAGCUCUGAACAGCACCGAGCUGGGUUCAGACUUGAGAUCCUGCAAGAGACUGCUGCUACUACACCAGGCUCUGGAACAAGAGUUGAGUCAAUGCGAACAACGAGCGGAGUCCCUUGCAGCCCAGGGCUCCGACCUGGUCUCCAGUGGUCUCUUCGACGGCGCGGCCAUCGAGAGAGACUCCGCUGCGCUGCUGCAGACCGCCCGGGCGCUCCGCCCUCGAGCAGCCGAGAGGAGACAGGCGCUGGAAACUAGUCCACACUCCGUGACGUCAUCUCGUGGUCGUCAUCCCUCCGCAGCGAGAUGUCAUCCCCAGCUGCCGCAGGCUCAGCAGCAGCUGAGGGCGGAGAAAGAGGCGCGCGACGACUGGUUCAAGGACGUACUGGCCAGGGGGCAGAGGUUACUGGAUGAGGAACGUCCCAGCUCAGCGGAGAUCGAGGAGCGUUGCCGCGCGGCAGGUGGCGUUGGAGCAGCUGAUCGACUGGCGCUGCUUCCUGAGAGACGAUAA